AUGCUUCCCAGAUUCUUGGGUCAACAGGCUAAUGAAAAGUCGGAGGCAUCAACCACUGGAAGCCCACAACAAACUCCGUCGUACGGCACUACUACUACACCAACUCCAAAACCGCGCAAAGUAAUUCGUACAUUCAUUCGAAACCCUACAGCAACAUCCACAAUCCCUGGCCCUGAGGAUGUGGGUUUAGGCCACAGAGUGAAGCGUCCUCAAAAGCUCUCGGAGACGCCAGAGAGUGAGAAGUCUCCAGCUUCUUCAUCCUCAUCGUCCUCAUCGACAUCUCAAUGGGAAGGUAGCGAGAAGUCUCGAUACGAAGCUUCCAUGUCCACCCAAACAGUAGCGAGGGAACAGGCUCAACACAUCAACCCUCGAGCUCCAAACUACCAAGGUAUUUCUCGAUCUUGAAUUGUAAUGACUAGCUAGCUAACAGAUUUCACUAGCCGCUAUUCCCAGCGCAUUCAUGAAUCCAAUUGGCGUCAGUGCUCCAUCGAUGAACAACGUCACAAAUAACCCUGGAAACGUGUGUGUCCCCCACAAAAUCACCAGGCGUAAUUCAAUGGUCACCGAACGCGCCAGUCGCCCUGAGACCACUGAGACCCAACCUCUCCUUCGGAGAAAGUCGAAUCCUAAUCUUCACUCCUUGAACCAGAAUGCUCAACCAACUGGAAACCAUCACUUUGAAAUGAGCCGGCGAAGAUUGGAAGAACGUUCUCAGCAUCUGAAUAAGGUAGACGCUCAACUGGAAGAGGGGUUGAUGGAGGGAGAUACAGAAAGAGAAAUGUGGAUGGGGUCUAGGAUGAGUUGGGGCCUUAUCAUAUUGGCAGCUGCUCUGUUUGUAGCCUUUGUUAAUAUCCUGCCUGUCCACGGGACGGAGAUAUGCGAUGAUGCGAUAUAUAGAAGUAUCGACAGUAGCACGUUCAAGCGAAUCACGCCUGCGGGUGAAGAGGUGUGUACAGUGCAAAAGCCUACCAAUUCUGCUGAUUGGACGACUUGCACAUCUUCGCCCAGAAUUACGGAAACUGGCGCCACCUGUUAUGUCAUGACUUUAAUUCCAACACUAGGUCAUCCCGUGUAUUGGAAGCGAAUGAAAGCUGAUACGAUACUAUGUGGCCCUGGAUUCACAUAUCUCGACACAGGAGAUUCAGAGCCAAAGUGUGUUAACAAGGUUGUUGCAGAUGCAACCUGCUGGUAUGAGUGGACACAGAAGAUAGGCAAUGCGACUAGCACAUCUGGGCGCAAAAAGACCGAAUGUGCGCCUGAAAACAACAAAUCUUGUGUACCAGUGGGCAAACAAUCAGAAUUCAAGUUGAAAGCUUGUUGCGGUAAUUUUUACAACAGUACACUGGAUCGGUUUCUGUUUCGGAAAUGUGACUGGCACGAUGAUUUGUUAUUAGCAGAGUAG